AGACAGACAGACAGACAGAGAGAGAGGGACAGACAGACAGAGUCUGGGGGAGGAGAAGCCUUUUACUGAUCUACAAACGCACACAAGGUGUUGCUUUUAGAUCUGAAGAUUAUGGCGGUGAAGACGGCGGCUCAGGGCACUGGAGUUCUGUUGGUCACCGCCAACGUUGGAUCCCUGUUUGAAGAUCCUGAAAACCUACAAAAGAACUGGCUUCGAGAGUUUUAUCAGGCUGUUCACACACACAAACCUCACUUUAUUGCAUUGCAUUGCCAAGAGGUUGGAGGCAAAAACUACGAAGCAUCAAUGACUCACGUUGACAAUUUCGUCAAAGAACUGCUAUCGAGUGAUGAAAUGAAAGAGUACAAUCGAGCCCGUGUGUACUUGGAUGAAAACUACAAAUCACAAGAGCAUUUCACGGCUUUAGGAAAUCUUUACUUUCUUCAUGAGUCUUUGAAAAACACCUAUCAAUUUGAUUUUAAAGCUAAGAAAUACAAAAGAGUAACUGGUAAAGAAAUCUACUCAGAAACGUUAGAGAGCACACCCAUGCUGGAAAAGGAGAAGUUUCCAAAAGAUUAUUUCCCUGAGUCUAAAUGGUCCAGGAAAGGCUUCAUCAGAACACGGUGGAGUGUCACUGAUUGUGCCUUUGACUUGGUGAACAUUCAUCUUUUCCAUGAUGCUUCCAAUUUAAUUGCUUGGGAAACAAGCCCAUCUGUCUACUCAGGAACACGGCAGAAAGCUCUCAGUUUUGUGCUGGAUAGGAUUACAGACCAACGAUAUGAGAAGGUGCCUCAUUUCGUAUUUGGUGACUUCAACUUCAGGUUGGAUUCUAAAGGUGUUAUAGAGGCACUCUGUCCAUCAGCAAAAAUAGAAACUAUUCGAUUACCAGAAACGAAUCAAGUAAACAAGUUAAUUUUCCGUGAAUCAAAUAACGAUCGAAAGGUGAUGCUUCAACUAGAAAAGAAGCUUUUUGAUUACUUUAACCAAGAUAUUUUUCGACAGAACAAUGGGGUGGAGCUUUUAGAAUUUGACAGGGAGAUUUCCGUAUUUAAAGACAAGUUGAGUGAACAAGAAAUAUCAUUUCCACCCAGUUACCCAUACAGUGAGGACUCUAGUCAGGGAAAGCAGUAUAUGAACACAAGGUGUCCUUCAUGGUGCGAUCGCAUCCUUUUGUCAUACUCCGCAAAGGAUCUUAUUCACAAGGCAGAAAAUGAUGAGAAGUCAGUUAUCUAUGACAACAUGGGACCAAAUGUUUGCAUGGGGGACCACAAGCCUGUCUUCCUGUUCUUUCGAAUAGCUGCUGGGGCAGGUAAACCUAAUGCAAAUAUGCGCAACUGUUGUGUGGUGCAGUGAUGUGGUGGUAAACGAUGUCAAAAAAAUGAGAAGAUCUUUCGAGAACCUACCCUCUAGUCCAUUUGCAGCAAGCAAACGAGAGGUGCAGGAGCAGGGCAGGAGAACUUGCAAACAUCCUUGUAAUUCAACUGAUGUUGAUACUGUAUUUCUUAGUGCUGCAUUUCAGACUGCUCAUCAACCAUUCUGCUUUGAUGUCUGAAGUCUAUACAAGACAGCCAUCUAUACAAGACAGCCACACAUACCUCACCAUUUCAUAUGUUCCUGUGACACUUGAAUUAAAUGUGGGACAAUAUUAAAACGUGUCACAGUUUUGUUGCCAAACGCUAAGAGUAGAAUAUACUACACAUUUUAAAUAUCUCACAUUUAUAAUUUUAACUGAUACAGUAUCCCUCUUCAAUGUAAGAAGUUGUUUCCUUAUGUAAAACUCAUGAAGUGCAAUGCUGAAAUUGUAUAUCUAUACUGUACUAGAGAGUUUUUUGUACAUUGGAUUGUAUAGGUAGUGAAAUUUCACUUUUAGUGAUGGUUUUAUUGAUAUUUUCUUUACUUUUAAGAUUUUUAUUGUAUGUCUGUGUUAGGCUAGCUAGGUAUUUUCAUGUCACAUACUACAUACUGCCACAUUUUAUCUGAUUUCGAAUCACAAAUUAGCUGCUCUCUUCAUUUUUAUAUCUACUUAAAACAAACUAAUUUAUAAUGUAAUCUUUCCAAAGCCCCUAAAUGAAAUUCCUUUCUGAAGGACUGGCUGCUCAUGGUCUGACAUAUCAACUAUUAGUUCCUAUGCCUAGCUGAUUGAAUAUAUAAAACUAUAUCUUUUCUCACCCAAACUAUACUAUAGAUAGCUUUGACAGUGCCAUUAUUGAUGAAAUAUCUAAUUUACUAUAACCACCACGCGUGAAUAGCAGUCUGUCUGUGUUAAGUACUUCUAUUGUAACUUAUUCCUAUGUGAUGCCAAGUUUCAGAAUGUGAAGUUUAAUAGGAUGGAUAUCUUAUAAGAUUUUUUUGUAAACUAUUUCUGUCUAUUUUUGUUACUGCAUACAGUGCCAAGUAUCUAUGGACACAACAUAAUGGGAAAUCUUUCCUUCUGUUAUUAGCUUGCUAAUUGUGCUUUAAUGGAUUGUAUAUAAAGCCCUCAAACCUGAAGAUGCAAAUUGCAAAUUCGGUAAAAUUGUACCACCUAUAUUUAAUCUCCAGCGAGCGCUAAUGUUGCAAAUUUUACACGCUGCUUCUUACAGCAUUAAAAGGUGAUUAGGUCUGAAGAUGGAGAACACAGCCAAUGCCUAAACGUUUCCUCUAUCGAUUUAAUUUAGUACACUACAAAGUUCACAAGCUACUUGAUAGCAGUGGAUUGAUGCGUGUUUUCGUAUAAAUCACUACGGUUGGAAAUGAUUUUGUGUCUGCCAGCAGAAUUUAUGUGGCCGUGACCGUGAGAUCAUUCUCGUUUGUAGACAAUAAAGAGUAAAACGCCAGUAUGCAGAUAAACUGUACCAAUGUGCCCAGUAUCAAUAGCCGUACACUGUAAACUAUUUUAUUAAAUCAGAGAUUCAACUUAUGUGACGUUAAUGGGCCAUAGAAAUAAACUUCUUUGUUUCUCAAACAA